AUGAGUAGUGAGACGGCGAACAGCAACUCAAAAACUGGUAUAACAGGACCAUUAGCACUUCGCGUUGUUGAUGCUCAAACAAGUACAGAAAAUGAUGGGAAAGUUACUAAAUAUAAAAUAUCUGUUAAUUAUAAUGGUCAAGAAUGGGAUUUAUGGAAACGUUAUAAAGAAUUUCAAACAUUAAAUGACAAGCUACGUCGUAUUCAGUCUGAUCUAAAAUUACCUGGUCGUCGUUUAUUAGGUGAUUCAUUUGAACCGGAUUUUAUAUUAAAACGUCAACGUGGUCUGAAUGAAUAUGUUCAAAAGAUUUCUACUAACCCGCUAAUAAUUAAUUUACCUGAAUUUAUUGAAUUUUUUGGUUUUAAUACAAUAUCAUCGAAUGCAUCACCAGCAGGUGAUGAUAAAACGAAUAAUGAUGGCGCCAAAGCAAAUAGUAAUGAUGCAGACGAUCCAUCGACAUCAUCCGAUACAAUUUCUGUUAAUUUAGGCAAAAGUGAAAAGACUAGAGUUAAACCUGAUGAUUUUGAAUUUAAAAAAUGUAUUGGCGAAGGUUCAUUUGGAAAAGUUUAUUUAGUUCGACAUAAAACUGAGGAUAUGAUUUAUGCUAUUAAAGUUGUAAGUAAAGCAUUAAUCAAACGAAAACGAGAAGAACGUCAUAUUAUGGCUGAACGUGAUGUACUUGUUAAAAAUACACGUCAUCCAUUUCUGGUAUCACUUCAAUAUUCAUUUCAAACACCGGACAAACUUUAUUUUGUUAUGGAUUUUAUUAAUGGUGGUGAAUUAUUCUACCAUUUACAACGUGAGCGAACAUUUAAUGAACCACGUACUCGAUUUUAUGCAGCAGAAAUAACAUCAGCUAUUGGUUAUCUUCACAAAUUGGAUAUUAUCUAUAGAGAUUUAAAACCAGAAAAUAUUUUAUUUGAUCGUGAAGGACAUAUUCGUUUAACUGAUUUCGGUUUAUGUAAAAUAAUGUUAUCAACAGAAGAACGUGAAGGACGAACAGCAACUUUUUGUGGAACACCGGAAUAUCUCGCACCUGAAGUAUUACGACGUCAACCAUAUACAAAAGCUGUUGAUUGGUGGUGUUUAGGUUCAGUUACUUAUGAAAUGUUAUCUGGUCGACCACCAUUCUAUUCACGUGAUGUUAAUGAAAUGUAUGAUAAUAUUUUAAAUCGACCAUUACGUUUUAUUGGCAAUGUAUCGGAACGUGCUCGAAAUUUUAUUGAACAGUUAUUAAGAAAAACUCCAGGUGAACGUUUAGGUAGUGGACCACAAGAUGUUGCUGAUAUAAAACGUCAAUCAUUUUUUGAUCAAAUCGAUUGGGAAAAAUUAGAAGCAAGAAAAAGUUCACCACCAUGGAAACCAUCUGUUAGUGAUCCAGCUGACAUCAGUCUAGUUGAUAAGAUGUUUAUACAAAAGGAAAUACCUUCAAGUGUUGGAGAACAUUAUAUAGGAAGUGUUACAAAUAAAGAUCCAUUAUUUAAUGGAUUUACAUAUGCGCCUGAUACACAUUUGAAUAAUUAA